AUGGUGGCCUCUUCUGAGCAAUCCCCACUAUCAUCCCUUGAUACCUUGGACUCUGAGGAUGCAGUCAUUAUUUCAGAUAGCCCCUCCAGAAAACGCCAGAGGCUGGAUACAGAAGCCAAGCAAUUGGUGGAAUCAGCUCUUACCAACAAACCUGGUGGGGAACGUAUAAUAAAUGAAUACAACCGAACCAAGUCCUUGACGGAUGAAACGAGACGUAAAAUGGUGAACAUGCUGGCAGCUGACAUGACCGAAAAGAAUGGUACAUCUCCACCCAGACAGGUAAAAGAAAUGUAUGCCAAAGGAAUAGUGACCUUAUUCCCGUACCUCAGUGACCCAUUCUCUAAGAAUGGCUAUGUUGAACAGGAUUUUGUUCUAAUGUUCGGAGAGGAUACCUCAAGCAAGCUUCUGGAAAGGUGGCCGGUCACGUUCAAGAAAAAGAUCAUCAAACAAUGCAGAAAGCUUCCAUCCACAAGUGAGCUUGAAGAACUCUUGCUGGCAGCUGAUCCUCCUGAGGAUGGCACUGAAUUGGAUGUUGACUUUGGUUGGGACAGUGAUCUGUCAUCGGUUUUACUGCUUCUACACCUGAUUCCACCCUCCGCUCAGGGUCGGAAGAGACCAGGAAAGGUUUCCGCAUCCCAAGCAGAGAAACAUCUUGUGGUAUUCGAGAAGACCGGAACAAACAUUCAAGAGCAUCUCGAUGCCAUCACUACUAGCGCUCAGCCCUAUCUCCUAGCUGUUGGAGUUAAGAAGAAUGCAAUCCACCAGUUCUUCAUCAUUAUCGACAAGAAUGCCAUACCUUGCAGGCCAACCUCUUCUCUUGUUGCUUUUGACGAACUAUUUAAGGCACAUUUUGUGUUUGGUACAUCCUACAACACCCUGCUCCACAACAUGUACACUUUCAUCCAAACUACAGUGUACAACAUCGAUGCUGGCAAGGUCAAAGAGAGUCGUGUUGCUGAAGUCAGGGCGAGGUUACUUCAUUAG